CGUAAUACCGCAUCUUACGCUUCUCUUCGCCCUUUUGUUAUAACGAUGGAACAACAACAAGUAAGCAAAUUUCUUUGGCAUGUUCAAUUGUUCAAUUGUAUCAUGAGAAUAGUCCGUACGUUUCUUUUUAUACAAAUUCGAAAUAUCUCGGCCAACAUUUUGGAUAAAAGAGAAAUCGUAAAUAUACGUAUCACACACAUGUCAUAAUGAAAGAAAUUAACAGUGGAAAAAUCUAUUAUGAAUAAAUGACAUUAUUUUUCUAACACAUGAAAUAAUUCAGACCAUGGUAAAUAUUCGUUCAAAAUAAUGUGUGGUGAGAUACUUCAUUCAGAAAUGUGAAGGGAUUAGCUUUAUCAAUUCUACGUUUCUGAUACUUGAAACUUUUUUCACGUGAGUUUAAGUAACAUUAAAAUGAAUUUAAAAAAUUGAAAAGCGAUUCAACUCGAACUAUUUGCAUUCCUAUUGUUUCAACGUCUAGAACACAUUCGUUCAACAUUUAGCUGGAAAAAAUCGAAACAUUUUGCGUAAAGCAUUAAAACUUGCAUUGUUCAAUUCUCCAAAUUUUUCACUUACUUCCUGUUAUACAUUUAUUUAUUUACAGAUAUUCGAAUUUGGAAAAGAAAAAAUCUGCGCUACAAAUAGAAUGAAUUCCAUCGAGGAAUUUUAUGCCGACACUGCAAUCUUAGUGACUGGGGCAACAGGUUUCGUUGGGAAAGGUCUUUUGGAAAAACUGUUGCGUUUGUGCCCACGCAUUGCCGCCAUUUUUAUACUUUUGCGACCGAAAAAAAACCAGACGAUAGAAGACCGAUUUAAAAAGCUCAUAGAUGAUCCCGUUCGUAAAUAAAACUCUCGCCAUUUCAUCUUUUUCUCUGUCAGAAGCUAAAAUUACGAAUUGAUUGCAUCAAUUAAGUGAUGCAAUCAACGACUUUGAUAUUUAUUGUCGAUAACCGCAAAGUGAAUUAAUAUUCCAUGCAACUUCUGAUCCUUUGAAUAAUUCUUUAUUACAUAACACGUGUUUUUCGAAGUAAUA